GUCUUUCACCCCCCCACGCACUUCCGGCUCGCGGGGAAACGAGCAGGGAUCACUUCCGCUUCCGGUGCGGCUGCUGCUGGGAAGGUGCCGGUUCCGCAGCCCUGGCAGGUGUUUCUGACAGCAGUACCGAACAUAUGCUUCAAGGAUGUCUCUGUCUCUCACAAUAAAAUGGGGUGGACAGGAAUAUACCAUCACCUCACUAUCAGAAGAAGAUACAGUAUUAGAUCUCAAGCAGUCUCUCAAAGGUCUUACUGGAGUGCUACCAGAGCGCCAAAAACUGCUUGGCCUCAAAAUGAAAGGCAGACCUGCAGAUGACGACGUUAAGCUCGGAGCUCUCAAGCUGAAACCAAAUACUAAAAUUAUGAUGAUGGGAACUCGUGAAGAGAGUCUGGAAGAUGUCCUUGGACCACCCCCUGAUAAUGAUGAUGUCAUUAAUGAUUUUGAUAUUGAGGAAGAAGUUGUUGAAGUAGAAAAUAGGGAAGAAAACCUACUAAAAAUUUCCCGCAGAGUUAAAGAAUACAAAGUGGAAGUUCUGAAUCCACCUAGGGAAGGAAAAAAGCUGUUGGUACUAGAUGUUGAUUACACACUGUUUGACCACAGAUCGUGUGCUGAAACUGGGGUAGAGUUAAUGAGGCCAUAUCUUCAUGAAUUCCUAACAUCUGCAUAUGAGGAUUAUGAUAUUGUAAUUUGGUCUGCUACUAACAUGAAGUGGAUUGAAGCUAAAAUGAAAGAGCUGGGAGUGAGCACAAAUGCAAACUACAAGAUAACCUUCAUGUUGGACAGUGCCGCCAUGAUAACAGUGCACACUCCAAGGAGAGGGCUAAUUGACGUGAAGCCCCUUGGUGUCAUAUGGGGAAAAUUUUCAGAGUAUUACAGCAGGAAAAAUACUAUCAUGUUUGAUGAUAUUGGACGAAACUUUCUAAUGAACCCACAGAAUGGAUUAAAGAUAAGGCCUUUUAUGAAAGCGCAUUUAAAUCGGGAUAAAGACAAGGAGCUUCUAAAGCUUACUCAGUACCUCAAAGAAAUAGCAAAAUUAGAUGACUUUUUGGAUCUGAAUCACAAGCACUGGGAAAGGUACCUUUCAAAGAAGCAAGGACAAUAGCUUUAAUAAACUCCUGUGGCAAUGAAUUGAAGGGAACAUAAUGGAGAUCUUCAGACCUUUCCUUGCUUUUAUGCUAGAGUAUACUAGUGCUGGACACUGAAUCAGAUGCCAGAAUGACUGCUUAUACUUGGUCUUCCAGUUGGUUUGUGAGUCUUAUUUUUUUAAGAUCACAGCAAUAAGCUCAAAUUGGGAGAAAUAGGCCAGUUGCUUUCCCCCCACCCUUGCAUUUACUUUUGGUAUGACUAAAUCAUUUUCUCUUUCAUUACUACUGUAAUACCACCAUGACUAUUAAAGACCAAAAAUCAUUCUAAAACUGGUAACAAUAUUUUGUUUAGACCAAAAAAGUUGAAUAAGGUGCCAGCCUUGGCAGCCUAUAUAUAAGUCGCCUCUUCUCUCUGUCUUAUAAACAAUCUCCUACUUCUAUUCCAGAUUUAAGUCUAUGAACUACAAGCUCUCUAAAUUUGACAUGCAUUUUCACGAUGUCAGUGUUCCUUUGUGCAAGGCAGAAUAAGAUUGGAAAUUGCCACCUCUAAGGCAAACGUACUCUAGUUUGCAAAUUUUGUAUUAUAAAGCAGUGGUUUACUGGAAUAAACACACUGAAGGGAGAAAAGUCCUGUUUGAUGGUAAGUCAAAAGCAGUACGUCUAAAGAAGAAAUAUUCUCAUAACCCAAUAAAGAAUUGAACCUCAAAUGAGGUGACGUUCUUAAUAAAGCAUGAGCAAAACCCCCUUGUUAAAUCUUGUUAGAGUGCAAACACUGUGUUUUGAAUUACAAUAUUCAGCCAUACUGUUAAAGCAUUAUUUACUUGCGCUGCUUCAGCCUGCACUAUAGAAGUGUGAUGUGACUGCUGUUUUGCAUUACCAACGGUCUGGGAUUGUUCAGUUCUGAUAUUUGACAGAAGACUGACCCGUUCAAAUAAGGAUGGUGUAUAUUGUUCUUAAGGAACUAUAGCAGUUGUGUAAAUAAUAAAUACCUUUUUCUUAG